GGCCCGGCUGAUGGACACGGGUGGCCGGGGCUGCUACUCGGCUGCCACCGCAGCUGCGGCUCGGGGGUGCGGGCCGGCCCGGGACGGCGGGCGAGGCGCCACCUGAGCUCUGCCGAAGGCGCGGCGCUGCCGACGGGCGGCGGAGAGCCCUGGGGUCGUGCGGGCGCCGAGGUCCGGGCGAGGCCUCCGGUCCUGACAGCCCCAGCUCCCAGAAUGCCCCACAAGAUUGGAUUUGUAGUUGUCAGCUCGUCUGGACACGAAGACGGCUUCAGUGCCCGGGAACUGAUGAUCCACGCACCGACCGUCAGCGGGUGGAGGUCACCCAGAUUUUGCCAGUUUCCACAAGAAAUUGUUCUUCAAAUGGUGGAGAGAUGUCGAAUAAGAAAACUACAGUUACUUGCUCACCAGUAUAUGAUUUCAAGUAAAAUUGAGUUCUACAUCAGUGAAAGCCUGCCUGAAUAUUUUGUGCCGUAUCAAGCAGAGAGAUUUCGAAGACUUGGCUAUGUCUCUCUCUGUGACAACGAAAAGACAGGCUGCAAAGCCCGGGAACUCAAAUCCGUGUAUGUGGAUGCAGUAGGACAGUUUCUUAAGCUGAUUUUUCACCAAAACCACGUCAACAAAUACAACAUAUAUAAUCAGGUUGCUCUGGUUGCAAUAAAUAUCAUCGGGGACCCUGCAGAUUUCAGUGAUGAAAGCAAUAUUACCUCUAGAGAGAAGCUCAUUGAUCAUUAUCUGGGGCACAACACAGAGGACCCGGCUCUGGAAGGAACCUGUACGGGGAAAUCCGACUAUAUUUCUCCACUAGAUGACUUAGCUUUUGAUAUGUACCAAGAUCCAGAAGUUGCACAGAUUAUACGCAAAUUAGAUGAAAGAAAACGUGAAGCCGUCCAAAAGGAACGUUAUGACUAUGCCAAGAAACUGAAACAAGCUAUUGCCGAUUUGCAAAAGGUUGGCGAGCGUCUCGGGAGGUAUGAGGUGGAGAAGCGCUGUGCGGUGGAGAGGGAAGACUACGACCUCGCUAAAGAGAAGAAGCAGCAGAUGCAGCAGUACCGCAGCAGGGUGUACGAGCAGCUGGAGCUGCACAGCCUCGUGGACGCCCAGCCCAUGGGCGCCAAGAUGCGAAGGCCUUUUGACUCACCUCUCCAGCCCCUGGUUCAUCCCAGCAGCCCUUGCCACCAGCCACCAACGCUCUUGCUUCCACAGCAAGAGGAAAGAGUGACGGAAAACCGGUUUGCAGACCCUUUCCUCCAGGAAAAGCCUUCAUCACAUUCCCUGGACGUUUCUCCUCAGCACCUCACAGGAGACCAGGCACUGCCCACCACAGACCCUCAUCCCAGGACUCAUCUCGAGCCCCUGCCCUACGACGAGCGGCCCCUUCCUGCCAUCCGCAAGCAGCCUGGGGCAGCAGCUAUGGAGCCGGAAAAGAGUGAUGGGGACAUCAGCGAGGCUCCCAAAGGAGGCAUUGCGGGCGAGCCGGAGCCCUUAACAGAGAAGGCCUUGAGAGAAGCCAGCUCUGCCGUGGAUGUGCUCGGGGAAUCCUUGGUUGCUGGGGCCUAUUCCAAGACGUGGUCAUACCGGAAAGAUGCACUGCUCGCCUUGUAUAAACAGCUGAUGGAGAUGCCUGUUGGAACCCCAAAAGAAGAUUUAAAGAGCAUGCUGAGAGCAUCGGUCUUUCUCAUUAGAAGAGCCGUCAGAGACAUAGUGACCCCGGUCUUUCAGGCUUCUUUGAAAUUGUUGAAAAUGAUAAUUACACAAUAUAUUGCUAAACAUAAACUGAGUAAACUUGAAACAACUCACUGUGUAGAAAGAACCAUUCCCAUUUUGCUCACCAGAACUGGAGAUUCUUCUGCUCGCCUCCGUGUUAUAGCUUCAAAUUUUGUUCAGGAAAUGGCCUUGUUUAAGGAAGUUAAGUCUCUCCAAAUUAUUCCAUCUUACUUGGUACAGCCGUUAAAAGCAAACUCUUCGACUCACCUGGCAAUGAGUCAGAUGGCCCUCCUGGCCCGGCUGCUGAAAGACCUGGGCACGGAGAACACAGGCUUCACCGUGGAUAACGUGAUGAAGUUUUCAGUGAGCACCCUGGAGCACAGAGUGUAUGAGGUUCGAGAGAUAGCGGUUGGAAUUAUCUUGGACAUGUAUAAACAGCACGGGGCUUCUGUUCUUGAGUACCUCCCUCCAGAUGACAGCACCACGCGCAAGAACAUUCUCUAUAAAACAAUUUUUGAGGGAUUUGCUAAAAUAGAUGGCAGACCUACAGAUGCUGAAAUUAGGGCACAGAAAAAAGCUGCCACAGAAGAAGCAGAAAAACGAAAGAAAGAAGAAAUUAAAGCUUUACAAGGGCAGUUGGCAGCCCUGAGAGAAGCGCAGGCCGAAGUCCAGGAAAAAGAAAGUGACGCUGCGAAGGUAAAGAACCAGGACAGUCAAGGAAGAAAAGCAGCCCCACCUAGUGCUCCAGAAGUUCCAGAUAAUCACUAUUUGGAUAAUUUGUGUAUUUUCUGUGGGGAAAGGAGCGAGUCCUUCACAGAAGAAGGCCUGGAUCUCCAUUACUGGAAGCAGUGUCUCAUGCUGACGAGAUGUGACUACUGCAGACAGGUGGUCGAGAUAUCCAGCUUGACGGAGCACUUGCUGACAGAAUGUGACAAAAAAGAUGGGUUUGGAAAGUGUUAUCGCUGCAGCGAGGCUGUCUUAAAAGAAGAGCUGCCCAGACACAUAAAAACAAAAGAGUGUAACCCUGCCAAAUCAGAGAAGCUGGCAAACCGGUGUCCUUUGUGCCAUGAGAACUUCACACCUGGAGAAGAGGCAUGGAAAGCUCACCUCAUGGGCCCCGCCGGCUGCACAAUGAACCUGCGCAAGACACACGUGCUGCACAAGGCUCCGACUCUGCCGCUGGGUAAAGGCCCAGCCAUGACCAAAUCAGGGAGCUCAGGACCAAAGGCCGGAAGCAAAAUCCCUACCCCAAAGGGAGGCCUGAGUAAAAGCUCUGGCAGGACAUACACAAAGCGAUGACGCACACACCGUCUGUCUCCUUGUCUCCACGAGGGACUGAGCAAGUUUCCUGCUUGUGAACCAUUUCUCCUAAAAACGAUCUUUGGAUGUGGCACCCCCUGUGCCCCACCCUGCCUUCCCUCCUGGCUGUGCUCGUCCUUACUUGUCGGCACCAUAUGUGGAACUGACCACAGAGCAGGCCUCCCAGCGUUAGGGCCUGAUCUCCCUGUAGUUUCAAGCUGUCAGGUUUCUGCCUUCUCAGGCCCUGUGUCAACAGAAGAGUAAUCGUUCUGUUGGAAGAGAAUCCGAAAUCCUGGCGCAGGAGCUCACUGAGCGCGGUCGCCCGGGGCGGGUCAGCAUGUGAGGGACGAGGGCGAGCGCAGCGUCCUCUUCGCACAGUUGCUUGGAGUGAUUUCCAUGGAAGCCUCACUGUAAGCCUCUGCGUAUGGUCUCUCCCAUGUGGGAGAGGUCCUGCAGGCUCUGCUCACUGCUCAGCAGUGAUGAGACAAGAGUGACAGUGUGCACAAACUUCUCCCUGUGCCUUCUCCUCCCGCAGGCGCUGUCUGCUCAGCCUGCUGCCCACGGCGCCUCCUCACGGAGGAGGGCUGUCGGUAUCUGCACAGCUGUGUUUUCCACUAGAACAAAAAAUAAAGGUGGAAAAGCAGGAGUUCCUGAGACGUGGUCCCUUUCAGCACUCCCUUGCUAGGUGCUCCGUAUGGAGUGCUCUCUCUCUGGCAGACCUCCCCUGGUGGCAGAGCCCCCGUCCCCAGCCCUGCAGUCAGUCCCAGGGGGAACUGAGGUCCACACCCCAGUGCCAUGCCUUUCCCGGGGGCUGCACCUUCUUUACAUGGGCCAAGUCCUAACCACAGUGAAGUGACUUCAGCUGGUCAUCCAGGCUCGCCCGGCCGCGUGUGUCAGAACAGCCUGAACCCCUCGGGGCAGACGCGGCGUUGUUCUCGCUCCAGCACGUGCUACCUUCUCCUUGGUUUAACAUUCACAAGUGAGCCUUCCACACGGACCCGCAGACUCAGGCCAUCGGGCUUAGGCUGUCACCCUGUCCCUCUCAGAUCCACAGUGUAAUCAGAACUGUGAGUCCGCUUUUCUCAAACACUUCGUAUGACACUGAAAACACCAAAAUGUCACUUAAAAUGAUGAAACCAAACCUCAAAACCCAGUCUCCUAACCAGCCCCUGCGCAGCCCACUAUGCCCCGGAAGUGGUUCCCUUGCUUCACGUCCAGUAGCGGAAGGAAAGCUGCUGUUUGUCUGAAGUCGGCUUGGAGACGCUAGGUUCUCCCCGUCCACGCCUCUUCCCCCAGCGGCCAAGGCCACUGCAGACCAAGGAAGUUGGCCCUCCCGGUCCCACCCUGUGACCAGGGGUACACUUUCCUCCUGAGCAUUACACAAGCAGGCUUUCUGAAUGCCAGCUAGAGAUGCGUGGAAUUGAUGAAAUUUAUACACAGUGUAUAAAUAUUUUUAAUUCCUAACCUUGUCAAACAACAAAAUAUAUUUAAAAAACUAAUAGCUAUUUGAGCAAUGUAUGCCCUGAGUGUGUUAGUGACCAUCAAUUUGCACUAAUCAAUCUCCAUUUUUGGUAAACUAAUACCUUCUCAUAUGGUUGACUCAAAAUACAGCAAGAAUAAGGCUGAUCAAGAGAAGUACCUUCAAAAAAAUGCUCUAUUAAAAAAUAAGUAUGGAGGAGAAAUAAUGUGAACCAUUACUAGAUAAGCAGGGUACAGAUGCCAAGUUAACUGUAAAAUGAUCCUUCCUGGUUUCACAAAGAUGCAGGCCACUAUCUCUAAUCCAUGUUUAAAGUACAGAUAACACACUUCUUUAAAUAGAACAAUAAUGAGAAAGGUUAGCCAGGAAAUUAUUCUCUCUAUCCAAUUAAACGUAAGAAAUAUAUAUGUAAUGUUUUCUAUAUAUUGUAACUUAAGAUAUUUGUAAAAAUAUUUAAUUUUUAGUGACAAAAUUGGAUGCAUUUAAAACAGAUUAGACUUGCCAGUUACAGAAAAAUCAUGCAUUUAUGUUGAAAUGACUCCUGGCAGUGAUUAGUGGCUAUUAAAAGCUUUACAGAGUUAUAUGCUAUUAAGGAACCAAGAAUAAAGGAAAAAAACUGAAAAGGAACUGUAAGAGCCCUUGGUCAUUUAUAAAUAAAUAUCUAAGUUUGGAACAGUAAUUAAUAAUUGAAUUUUCAUUCAUGAAUAUGUUGUGGCUAUUUAACAAUAUUUAUUUCUAUUAUUUUCAUAUUGCAAAAUAUUAAAUUUAAUUUAAAAGAAUUAUAUCUAUAAAUGUGGCAUUAGAAUACAAAUGUAAAUACUUUUAAUGAAAAUUUGAAACCUUCUAAUGUUUUGACACAGUUUUCUAUUUGUCUUUAUUUCAGGCACCAAAAUUAUAAAAUCUCUCAGGAAUAUAUUGUUCUGGUUGUCUUAGGCUCAAGGGUUAACUCACCCUGAGAAUGUUCAUAUAAUAAAAACAUCACUAAAUGUUUUGUCACUUUUAUUUCAAGAUUAUAAUUAAGAAGCCGUUUGUAAAUUACGUUUACUUUCGUAAACAUGGAGGUGUAGCCAGCCUGAACCCCAAGAGUCCACUGAGAAUUGCUGAGACCGCCAGUGAAUAGAUGUUGCCAGAGAGAGUUUGCUUCCUAAAAUAAGUUGUCAAAAUGGGUUUACUGCUGAAGAAGCUAAAAGAUUUUAAGCUACAUAUAAAUUAGAGAAAAUUAUUGAUGAAUUUUAUCCUGUGGAAUAAAAUCAGAAUGUUCUAUAAAUGCUCUCGUU